UGGCACUGCAACUAACACCCAUGACUUGCAGGAACAAAGAUCGCUCUGGGUAUCCCUCAGGCCCAGCUAGACGGAAGAAAAGACAGCGCGUUCCAGGACAUUCCGCUCCGCCGCCCCGGCACCGCGACCGAGGCCGCCAGCGCCAUUCUCGCCGUCGUCAGCCCGUACAUGAGCUAUGUCACUGGCCAAACGAUUGCUGUGACGGGCGGGAGGAACAUGUAAAAGUAGUCGACGCUUACUCUAUCUGGAAUAUACUCGAAAACUAUCAUUCAUCAUUUCGAUUCACUGAUCAACGUUUCGUCACCACGUGUUGGUUUGGAGCUGUCGACUGGCGUGUUGAUGAAGCGCACAAGGACUCGAAUGUCUCAAGUGGCUACACAAAGAAAUGAAACCAGGUCAUCGGGUUGCACAUCCUCCUACUCGCGAAACAAGUCGACCACGUGCCCCGCUCAGCCUUGUUCGAUGUAGCACCCACGAAGCCCUUGUGUCUCUGUCGCCAGAAGAACUAGAUGGGAUCGUGCCCUUCAGUAUUCCUCCACAACAUCGUGAUUCUUCCUCAACCUUCAUGUACACCCUCAAGUAUCCAAAGCAACAUGCACACUCCACCCCACCCCAAAAAACACCCUCUCGAACCACCAACGCAAGGCUUCUUUACGAUGAAACAAGGCUGGACCUGGCCAACAUGCAACUGCAGCCAGGAAGAGUUACGCGCACUUUUGCGCGAACCUGCAACAAUUCGACAGUCUCGGGAGGAAAGGUCGCGUGCAGCAAGCACGACAAAAGCCGUCAUGUGCUGGAAAUUGCUCGCUCUUCUCUUGGCUAUCGUUUUUAUUAUUCAAGGAGCUUUGCUGGUCUAUCAGGCCGAGGUGCUGGUGCUUAGGAGUGAUUGCUGUACUGCCGUCGAGUUUGACUCUUGUACGCGUUGAUAGACACAUG